GGCUUUUCAGUGAACCGAUGAAGAAAAUGUUUCUCAGAUUAGUUUUGUUCUGUUCGUGUUUGUGGCGUCUGGUUGGUGGGUCUGAUGAUGCAGUAGAGAAAAGAGUGAUGAGGGGACAUUCAAUCACUCUGAACUCUAGUCUUACUGAAAUAAUGGAUGAUGAUCAGAUUCAGUGGAGGUUUGGAAUUGAAGACACUCUAAUAGCUGAAAUCAAUAAACAGGCCGACAGAUUCACUGUACAUGAUGAUGUUCUUGAUGGGAGAUUCAGAGACAGACUGAAGCUGGACAAUCAAACUGGAUCUCUGACCAUCACAAACGCCACAACUGAACAUGAUGGAGAUUAUAAAAUCCAGACCAACAGUACGAGAAAGAGAUUUACUCUCACUGUCUACGUGAGGAUGAUGGGGUUUCUGUCAGUGAUAAAGAGAUAUUCAGUCACUCUAGACUAUCUGAGUCUUACUGAAAUGAAGGAUGUUGAUCAGAUUCAGUGGAGGUUUACAACUUACAACACUCUAAUAGCUGAAAUCGAUAAACAGGCCAACAGAUUCACUGUAUAUGAUGAUGUUCUUGAUGGGAUAUUCAGAGACAGACUGAAGCUGGACAAUCAAACUGGAUCUCUGACCAUCACAGACAUCACAGAUAGACAUGCUGGAUAUUAUACACAAAACAGCAACACUGUGGAAAAUAAUUUCAUUCUCGCUGUCUAUGUUGAAAUCUCAGUGAUGGAGGGAGAUUCAGUCACUCUCUAUUAUCUUAUUAGAAUCAAGGAUGAUGAUCAGAUUCAGUGGAGGUUUGGAACUGAAAACAUUGUAAUAGCUGAACUCAAUGUAACGUCCAACAGAUUCACUGUAUAUGAUGAUGUUCUUGAUGGGAGAUUCAGAGACAGACUGAAGCUGGACAAUCAAACUAGAUCUCUGACCAUCACAAACACCACAACUGAACAUGCUGGAGUUUAUAAUGUACAUAACAACAAUGCUAUCCUAUAUGCUUUUAAGUACAAACAUUUCGCUCUUGCUCUCUAUGUUGAAAUCUCAGUGAUGGAGGGAGAUUCAGUCACUCUGAACUCUAGUCUUACUGACAUUAAGUAUUAUCGCCCGAUUCAGUGGAGGUUUGGAACUAAACGUACUUUAAUAGCUGAAAUCAAUAAACGGUUCAACAGAUUCACUGUAUAUGAUGAUGUUCUUGAUGGGAGAUUCAGAGACAGACUGAAGCUGGACAAACAAACUGGAUCUCUGACCAUCACAAACAUCACAACUGAACAUGCUGGAGAUUAUAAACUACAAAUUGGAGUUUGGAAAAUAUCAUUAAAGGCUUUCAGAGUUUCUGUCAGUGACUCUGUCCACUGUUGUGGUCCUACUGAAGCUGUGAUCCGAUUGGUCCUCUCUGCUCUGGUGGGCGUGGCUACUGUCAUUAUUCUGGUUUAUGACAUCAGAUCCAGAAGAGCUGAACGAGAUCGAGCACAUAUCCACACUUCAGAAAUCUAAUUGUCAUUUCUCACAAACGUGUUUUGCAUAUUUGGGUCAUUGACAAAUGAGGUUUUUAAAAGUGUAAAAAAAACAUAAUGGAGAUAUAAUUAAUUUUAAAGUUUUAUUAAGUGUUAACAAUGAGAUUAUGUGGUUUUUAUAAUCAAUUAACUCUGCUUUUGUUAUUUUAUACAAGACGGAUAAAAUUUGUCAUCAAAAAGUAAUUUGGUUUAUCCAAAAAUUAAUUCAGUUUUAAUGAAUGACACUUUUGGUUAUACCGAAUGAUGAUAUUUUCAAACAAUGCUAACAGGCUGAUAUCAACAACAAUCAAACAUUUUAUAUUUAGUACAAGUUUUUAAAAUAUUACAUCAUUUUCCAUGUUUUAUAGCGGUUGUACCGAAGACCUGAUGUUUCAGCACAUGCGUACGAACAAGUGAAAACUUGAUUUUUUCAAAUACUUAAGAGAGAGUUAGUUACUUUGCUUCAUGAUCAUGUGACCCUUUACAGGUGUCUGAAUGAUGUCACAUCCUGUCACAUGAUACUGACCGCAUGACUUGAUCCAAAAUGGUGCCUUUAUAUCGGUUACUCCGAAUGACAUCAAUGAAAUUCAUUUUUUUCUGGACAUUUUCUCAUAAUGUGUAGAAACAACUUCUACACAUAAUUAAUAUUAUUUUGCAUUUUGUUAAUAUAUGAUGUUAUAAAAUCAUGCCAAAAUAAAAAAUAUAUAUACAUUUAUUACAUUUUAAGAUAUUUUAAUAAAUAAAAUGGCUGUAUUGGCCUUUGGACGUUUAAACCGAAUUACCUUUUUACACUUCAAAAUCUUUAUAUGUAGCUUAAAGAUUUGUUUAUUAUUAUUAUUAAGGCCUUUGGACAAAAAAAUGCAGCGCUAUUAAUAGGAUAUGAUCACAUUUUGUAGUCUAUUUGCUUUAUUCCAGUCACGUCAUUGUCAUACGAGGGAAUGUUAUGUAUAUAUUAGGUUUUGUUUUAACCUUGAUUCAUCCUGUGUACUUGUAUUGAGCUGUAUGUAGCUAAAGCUCUACGCUAUUGCAUACUGGAUUAAGUGAGAUGAAAUGUUACAUUUUGCAUUGUUGCUGAAAUGUUGCAUAGUUGAGAUCAUUUUUUUUUUAUUAUUAUAUGUAGUCAGUGAAACAUUUUUCAGUGUUUAUUAAACUUUGU